AAAGACUGUUGUAUGCGAUUGAUUGUUAAGAUGUGCUAUGCUUAGUCAUCGUGUGCAAAAGUUUUUACUGGCGAAUUCGGUUAGAGUAAUACUUGCUUGUCAGAUUCACACGUCUUUUGCUUCUCAAACUACAAUGCGCGCUGUCAGACAGCAUAAAUUCGGCGGCUCUAGCGAGCUUUACGUUUCUACAAACGAAACGAAACCGACGGCCGGCGAUAAUCAAAUUUUGAUACGAGUGCACGCUACAGCGUUGAACCGUGCGGAUUUGCUCUUGAGAGAAGGAAAAUAUCCUGGAAUGAAAGAAGCUGCUCAUCUAGGCCUUGAAGUUUCUGGUGUUGUGGAUGCUGUUGGAGAAAAAGCGAAUAAAUGGAAGAUUGGAGAUAAAGUUAUGGCUCUUUUGCCGGGUGGUGGAUAUUCUGAGUUUGCAGCAGUAAAUCAGGACCAUGUUAUGUCAAUUCCACAGGGAUUCACCUUUGAAAAAGGAGCUGCAAUACCUGAAGUAUGGCUCACUGCAUAUCAACUGUUACAUUUUGUUGGUAACCUGCAAAAGGGUGAAACUGUUUUGAUUCAUGGUGGUGGAAGUGGUGUGGGCACUGCAGCUGUACAGCUUGUUACACUUGCUGGUGCAAAAGCAAUAGUCACAGCGGGAACAGAUGAAAAAACAGCUUUCGCAAAGAAGCUGGGAGCUAUAGAUGGUUUCAACUACAAAAAAUCGGAAUUUAAAGACCUUGUGUUAGGGGCUACUAAUGGGAAAGGAGUCAAUGUCAUAUUGGAUUGUGUAGGAGGUUCAUACUGGGAGCAAAAUGCAGCUUGUCUUGCUGUAGAAGGACGUUGGGUGGUGUAUGGGUUAUUAGGAGGGCCAAAUGUCAAUGGUCCUAUACUGGGUACUGUUCUCAGGAAGCGUGCUUCUAUACUUGGCACUACACUCAAAGCUAGAAGUGAUGAAUACAAAGCUUCAUUGAUUAAGGCAUUUGCUGAUAACGCUCUGCCUCAUUUUAAUGCUGGUACCACUGGUAAAGUGCUACAGCCAGUAAUUGACAGAAUACUGCCUUUGGAUAACAUAAUUGAUGCACAUGAUUACAUGGCUACAAAUAAAAGCAAUGGAAAAAUUGUAAUAACUGUACAAGAGGAUUUAAAUACACAAAAAAGUGAAUUGUAGUUUGCUACUCAAUGUAACUAAUUAUAUAUAUAUAUUACAUAUAUAUCCAAUUUUUAAAUGUAUAUCAUGUAAUCUUGACUUUUGUGUUUAGUUUGUUUAUGAUGCAACUCCAUUACUUAAAAUUUGUGCUUUUGUUGUGUGUCGCAUAGUUCUAAACUCUAAUAAAGUUUACUCUUUAGCUUUUCUAAAAUCCUACACUUAAUUUUCCAAAUAGAACUAGUAUUUUUGAAAUGGUAAACACUUCAUAUAUU